GUUUAGGUGAUAAAGAGAGGUUCAAUCCAGUUACGACAGUUCGAUGCCGUGACGAACAUAGAAAUAAAAACGGGAGACAGUUGAUUCGUUCGAAGUUUCCCAUGGUUUGCGGCAGUGGAAUGGUGUUCAUCGGCUCGAAAGAUUGCUCAACUACAAAAGCAAUUUAUCUUCAACUUAACUAAAAUCAACUGAACGCAACCCAUCCCUGAAGGAAUCCGAGUUGAGCGAAAUAAUUGUACGGAGAAAUGAAACCACGGGAUAGCCAAGAACCCGUCAACACGGAGACCAAAAAUGAUAGCCAAAUGAGCACAACGAAACAGAGACGAAGCUUACUUGUUCGCCAAAAACACGUCGACUCAGUGGAUAUUGGCAUGACCAGGGCUGUCCAUCUUGAAGAUGACGAUGAUGAAUAUAAAAGCCCCUCUGACAAGCCGAUUUUCACCAUCGGUGAUACUCCGCAUUCAGAUCCGAGGGUUCCAACGGCUGAACCGCGAGAUCCUGCGCUGCCGGAGACGUCAAAAACCAAGCAGCAUCCCCACAUGAUUCGAAUUCAUACGAAGUCCGAAGGUGAUCUGAUGGACCCCAACGAGCACCACAUGCAUCGUGCCGUGGAGACGCACAUAGUCAAAGGAUUUCAGAACAUAAGGAACGCUUCGAAAAACGUGCUCGAACGAACAGAAACUAUCCUCUUCGAACCGGAGUACGACGUUCAUUUCGGUUUCACGGAUUACCUUUCCGUCGUGGUAUCCAUUGUAGGAUUCUGCCUCGACCUCGGAUCCGAUAUUUCAGUGGCGUACUUCCUAUCCAAGGAGCAGGAUACACACUGGUGGUACAUCGACAUCCUAUUCUACGGCACCAAAAGCAGGAAACAACCGAGCAGAGAAGUACUCGGGCCGUACUGCGUGAUAGACAAAUCGGGAAAGAAGAAGAAAAUGGGUGACACAUCCAGCGGCUCCAAAGUCAGUACGGAUGCCACCGAAGCUACUGAGAAAGUAGAUUACAGACACUUGCUCAUCUGGGAAGAACGUGACAGCGCAAUGCUCGACAUGCUUCAUUCCAUGCUUGGAGAUGCACCGCAACUCGUACUUCAGAUUUAUAUUUUAAUUAGACGACCUCCCAACACCGGAGAUCAUUCCGAGUUCCUCGAAGUUGUUAACAUAGAAAUCAUGCGCAAUGGAAUUCCUCUCGUUUUAGUUCUUGUUCAAACUUUCUCGGUGGCUUCGUCCUUGUUCUCUUUGUCGUGGAGCCUGGCAUCUUACAGCGGAGCACUGCGAUUCGCGAUACCGGAGAAGAAGAACCUCAACAUGUGCGGAAAGCUCUUGCAGUUCAUGUGGAAAUUCUUCACAGUAGGAGUUCGUGUCGUGGCAAUGGCUUUAUUCGCCUCGGUCUACAGAGGAUACCUCAUAGUGGGAAUUGCAGGGCACUGGGCCAUCAUGAGUCUUUGGAUCUUUUACCAGGUCACUUCAGUAGUUCUUUGCGAUCUUGAAAAUUUCAAAAACUUCGGAUCCAUGAAACAACGAGGGAUGGUUCAAAAAUUUUUGGCACAAUGA